AUGCCAGUAAUAACAAUAGAAGUGACAAGAAUGAAACGAAGCAGUCAUACAAGAAAAGCUCCCAAGACGCAACCGAUAACGAGGGCUUAUGCUACUGUCACUCUCGAUUUGGUGACGAUGCCAAAAACUGUGCAGAUCCUUGCCGUAGGAGCAGUGAAAACUGACUCUGAUGCAGACAUUUCAGUCUUACCUGUCUCGUUCAUUCCCCAAGCUCGACUUGCUAAAGCUAAGCUCGAAGCAGCAAUUAAGUCAAUAAUGAACAUAUACGGCUUACAUACUUUGCAAUUACAAUUCAAUUGCAAAACCAAGCCGCUUUACGAACUCGCCAAAAUACUGUAUAUGCAGCCGGAAAAAUCUUACUUUCUCCGACUUAUAACAUAUCACUAUUAUCACAAUCUCACACUUUUUACGACAUCUUGUCACAGUUUUCCACCACUUAUGACUCUCAAUUCAGAAAAGCCAUCAGUGAAAGCUCAGUAUGUCACUAUCUACAUACAGAGGGGCAUCCUGUAUCUGAGAAAUCCUUGGGCAUCGCCUAUACAAAUGGUUCUGAAAAAAGACGGAACGUGGCGCAUCUGUGGUGAUUAUCGCCGAUUAAACACCGUCACGAUUCCUGAUAAAUACCCGGUGAAGAGACUUCAAGAUUUCACAGCGAUUCUCGCUGAUACCAACAUUUUUUCCACUCUCGAUAUGCAAAAAGCUUACAUGCAGAUUCCUCUGGUUUCUGAACACAGAGUUAAGUCGGCAGUUAUCACACCUUUCGGCCUGUUCGAGUUCAAUGUUAUAACAUUUGGAAUGAGAAACGUGGCUCAAACCUUUCAACGAUAUGCGGACUCUGCUCUAGGCGAUUUACCUUACCUGCUUAUAGCUAUUGAUAUGGGAGAGUUUUGCAACAAGCAAGCCGAUGAUCAGGAGUUGGCAGAAAUUUUGAAGGACCCUUUACAUCCUUUGAAACUAGUCAAAUUCUCCUGGCCUAUAAAUAAACAAUUUUUUUACGCUAACGUACAAGACAAUAAUAUCAGGCCAUAUUUGCUUAAGUCACUUCGAACGGCAAUUUGCAACACCUAUCAUGGUUUAUCACAUCCUACUGGCAGAGUCAAUGAUCGUUUAAUUCAUCGCAGUUAUGUAUGGCCAAACAUGACGCGUGACAUUACCAAUUGGUGCAAAUUUUGCUUGGAUAGUCAGCAAUCUAAAAUUUCAAGGUCCUCUCCCACCAAGAGAUGGCUACAGGUUUAUAUUAUCCAUCAUUGA